AUGUCCCACAGAAAGACUUCACUGAUGCCAGGUGAUGUGGAGAACCUGCGGAAGAGAUCCGCGGCUGAUUCUUCAGAGAACUGUGCAGAUCCUGAACAGCAUCACCGGUUUCCACGGCGACAGUCCCAAACUGAUAGACUCUGUGUUGGCCCCCAGCAUCCAGAGCUAGGUGUAGUGGAGACGCCCUCCCCAGAUGCUUCUGCACACCACUUCUGCCACUACACAUCAAAAUGUUUCCUCGCUGUCCACAGAGGAGUGCACGGCACCUCAGCCCGGUCUACUCCAUCACGGUGUGGAGAAGAGGGUUGGCAUGAAGGCACCAUAAAGACCACAAUCCGAGCUGAGAAUGAGGUGGAGGCACAUAGGGAAGCCAACAACUACAAGUUUGGCUUCAGAAAGUGGAAGGGCAACGUCACAGAGAGGCCCAUUGAAGACAGAUCAGACAUCAUCAAAGAGCUGUACUCUGAUCUUAGCGUUGUUAAGCCUCGAGAAGGCUCAGUGGUCACCGUUGGGAACAUAGUUUAUAUAUUUUUAUUUGGAUGGUGGAUAUCUUUAAUCUACCUCCUCAUUUGCUCUAUAAUGUUUCUAACAAUCCUUGGUGCCCCUUAUGGCAAACUUUGUUUGAAGAUGGCGUGGUACUUCAUUUGGCCAUUCGGGAAGUCAGUAGAGAAGGCCAGUGAUAUAAGGAGUUCAACUCUGAGGCCUCCAAAGUGUGAGGUCAUUCCUGAAGAGGGGGACACAGAAGACAGCAAGGAUCUUGUCAGGGACAAGGACUCUGCACCCCUUCUGGUGUCUUCCCUAAUCCCUGUUGACAUCCCUGUCCCAGAACCACCUACUAGAAAAACUUCAAAGCACUGGUGUCGCAUCAGUACUUAUGUUUGGUUGUUACUGGGUUACCCUGUACUGGCUGUGGUCCACUCCCUUGCCUGUGUUCUCUCCUGGCUGCUGGUCUUCACCAUCCCUGUCGCCAAGAUGAACGCUCGCACACUGACCACGGUCCUCGUCAUGGCACCAGAAGACAUUCAGAUCCACAAACUGGAAAAGACACAUGGAUGUGAGACCAGAGUCAUCUUACGCUGUUAUCAAGCAUCAAAUGUGUAUUACUACAAAUACACUGUCCAGGGAAUCAACAUUUUUGCUCUCAACCUGCUUCCCCUGGUAUUGAUCACUGUUAUUAUUGGCUAUACUGACCAUGAACACAAAUACUUCAGCGCAGAGACCAAGUUUGCCACAGCCAUCACUUCCAUCAUUCCUCUAUCCUACUAUAUUGGCAUGGGAAUAGCCAGCAUUUCUGCACAGAGUAACUUUGCAGUGGGAGCGGUGGUGAAUGCGACUUUUGGCUCCAUCACAGAGAUGACAUUCUACAUCACAGCACUGCUGCAGGGACACUAUGCUUCCACCAAAUGUUACGAAGAGAUUGUUAAAGCAGCGCUCACUGGGACCUUACUUGGGUGUAUACUGUUCUUACCUGGUAUCUGCAUGAUCAUUGGGGGCAUUAAACACCGGGAGCAGCGAUUUAACAGUCGUUCAGCUGGAGUGAGUUCAGCUUUGCUUUUCAUAUCCAUAGGAGGUGUGUUUGCUCCCACCCUCUUCUCAAAGACCUUCGGUAAUCUGGUGUGUGAAAGCUGCACCAACAUCCCAGGCAAUACCAGUGUACCCUUCAUCUGCAAGGACUGUCACUACGACACGAGUCAAACAGACCCACAAUUUAUCCUCACCCAUAUUGAGCCUCUGGUGUACACAAUUUCUGUGCUGCUGCCUGCUGCAUACUUGAUUGGCCUCAUCUUCACACUGAAGACCCACUCCCACAUCUAUGAUAUCCAUAUCAGCGAUGGCCAAGGGGGCCAUGCACAUGGUCAGUACACACAAGAGGGUACCAGCACCUACUACCCCACUGGUGAGGUCACUGCUGGCCGUCAACUUGCUGCCAACUCGUGUAUAAAUGCCAGUAUUAUUGCCCCCAGCCACGUUGCAACAGGUCAUCAUGUGGUCCACUGGUCCCGGUGGAGGGCUCUUGGAGUGCUGAUUGUUGCCACGGUGCUGAUGGCCUGCUGUGCUGACCUUAGCACAGAGAACAUCGAGCCCAUGCUGACCCACUCCUCCAUCUCCCAGUACUUCAUUGGUGUCACAGUGUUGGCCAUGGUGCCAGAGCUUCCUGAGAUUGUCAAUGGGAUCCAGUUUGCACUGCAGAACAACAUUAGCCUGAGCUUUGAAGUGGGCAGUUGCAUUGCUGUGCAGGUCUGCAUGAUUCAGAUUCCGUUGCUCAUCCUCUUCAAUGCAUUUUAUGAUGUUGGAUUUGUGCUUGUGUUCAGUGAUAUUCAUCUCUGGGCCAGCAUCUUUGCUGUCAUUCUGGCCAACUACAUCUUCAUGGAUGGAAAAUGCGACUACUUUCAGGGCACUGCUCUAGUCGUGGUUUACCUCAUCCUUUUGGCCCUUUACUUCUUUGCUCCUUCUCCACGCUCUUGUUGAUCUGCUUGCCAAGAAAAAACCUGAAUCCAAAUACA